AUGGAAGAAGAAAACGUAGUAGGCAAAACUCCAGAAGAAGGGGAGGACGAUAGGGCAUUUCAACCCUCAGGAGAAGGGGAGGAAGUCUCAAAAGAAGACCUGGAGGAAGACCCAGACAUACCUGCAAGAGCGAAUGAUACUGAUGAAGACAGGGAUCACCCGAAAAGUCGAGGUGACGAAGAGAGAAAGCCAAUACUGGGCUUAAUCGACGACGAGGGAAAUCAACAUGAAGGAGACUACCAGGAAUUUCCCAGACUCAUCGACGACGACGAGAUGCUGGAGCUGAUCGACGAACUUUAUGAAGAGGAGGAAUGCCCAGCACCUCGAGCGUCACCCGAGGAGGCAGGGGCUAUCGAACAAGGCGAGAUUGCCGAAGGGGCGAACAAUGAGGCAGAAGAUCAAGACGAUGAUGAGCAGCGAAACAUCGAGGAAGGGAGAGCACUCGAGAUUCAACGGGAAAAACGAGAAAUUCAACAGGCAAUCAACAAAUUGAAUGAUCUCAUAAGGCAAUUGGAGGAACAUCCUAAUCAGGCAACUGCAACUGGAGAUACAUACAAGGCGAUCUCUGCUCUGAAGUUGAUAAUUGGCGAAAUAAUUGGCGAAUUGGAAGCUGAACAAGAAGCUCAACAUGCAAGAACGAAGACUUCAUCAUAG